AUGUGCAACUCCUGUUGUGGAUCCUGCUGCUCCGGCCAGGGCUGUGGCUGCUGCCAGCGCAGGUGCUGCCAGACCACCUGCUGCAGAACCACCUGCUGCCACCGCAGCUGCUGCUGUAGCCCCUGCUGUGGUGGCUCCAGCUGCUGUGGUGGCUCCAGUGGCUGUGGUGGGUGUGGUGGCUGUGGCUCCUGCUGCUGCCGCCCCAUCUGCUGUAGGACCACCUGCUGCAGGACCACCUGCUGCCGCCCCAGCUGCUGUGGCUCCUGCUGUGGUGGUGGCUGUGGCUCCUGCUGCUGUCGCCCCUGCUGCUGUGUCUCAUCUUGCUGCCGCCCUUGCUGCUGUCGCCCCACCUGCUGCCAGACCACCUGCUGCAGGAACACCUGCUGCCGCCCCAGCUGCUGUGGGUCCUGCUGA